CUCGUCGUCUUCUGUCUCGCACGAGCGAUUGCUUAGCUUUCUUCCUACUUUCGUAUUUGUCGCGGCCCAGAGUAUUCUGUCAUAUAUUUUCUACUCAGUGCCGUACGUUCCUAACUGGGAUUUCGUCUCAACGGUCUAUCCUGAUUGCGUGCGUAAUUCAAGUGAUUGAAGUGCGUUAAUCUAAUUGGAAACUACCCCGUGUGAAGAAGAUAACAUCGUAUUCAACGACGCAGUGUCAAGAUGGUUAAAAAGAAGAGACAAAGCGAUCCGCACGAAGAUGACUCCUCAACAGAAUCCUGUGACGAGAAGGAACUGAACAAUUCUGUUGGGAAUGGAACUAUGCGCGAUUGCCAACAUAUAAAUAAAUCAGUUGAUCUAACAAAACUUAGAAAAAUAUUGAAAACAAAUGGAUUGGCCAGCGAAGUUUGUUCCGAAUGUGAAAAAAUGCCAGCUAGUAAGGUUGAUGACGCCUUCGAAUACGAUAAAACAUUAUGGCUGUGUUUAAAAUGUGGUACUCAACUGUGUGGGAGAGCGAAGAAUGAACAUGCCCUUAAACAUUACGAGACUCCACGCUCCGAUUCUCAUGCUUUGGCUCUCAAUACAACAACAUUUGAUAUUUGGUGUUAUUCCUGUGAUGCAGAAGUCAAUUCUUCGGCUCGAAAGAAACUUCUCGAGUGUGUGGAGAUUGUCAAAAAAGUUGCCCAACAGCCAAGUCCGACCACACCAAAUGGUGAUGAUAAGAUCAAAAUAAACAAUAUUGAGAAUAAAAUUUUAACAACGUUCGUUCAAAUGGAACCGCUCCUAAGUGAACCGCUAACAAUGAACAAUCAUCAAUCCGCAUCGCCUGCCUCCGUUGCUGUACCAUCGACAAGUGGCCCGCCCCCGAUUCCAGGCAUUGCUCGACGAAUACAAACGACUCAGCAACCACAACCGCAGCAAACUGACUCUUUACCUAGGGUGCGAGGUUUAACGAAUUUAGGAAAUACAUGUUUCUUCAAUGCAGUGAUGCAAUGUUUAGCGCAAACACCUUAUUUGUUAGAAGUUUUGAAAGAAUCCUCCGAACCUGGAGAAGAGUUCGUGUUACCCGGGGGCACAUUUAUUUUUAAGGAUGGCGAAGAAACUGCACUUCCUCCCAUUAAAGGAUCACUAAGUAGCUGGGGAGGGUUGACUUCAUCUCUUGCCGAAGCUUUAGAAGAAUUGCAAAGUAGCGGUGGUGUUUUCACUCCUCAGAAGCUUUUCCACAAACUGACAACGAAAUGUCCCCAAUUUCGAGGUGGUGAUCAGCAUGAUUCGCACGAGCUCCUGCGGCAUCUAUUAGAAAGUGUGAGAUCUGAAGACUUACAGCGAUACCAAAAAGUCAUCCUCCAAAAUCUUGGCUACAAGGGACAAGACAUCAACUCUGUUAGUGAUGAUAUGAAGCAAAAAUGUAAAAUCUACGGUCAACAAGCAGCCGAUCGUAUUUUACGGCCGGAACAAGUAUUUCGAGGCUUCCUGGUAUCCACAUUAACAUGUCAAGAUUGCUUCCAUACUUCCUCAAGACAUGAAAAUUUCCUAGAUAUGUCCUUACCUGUUAGUGUGGAGAAACCACAACCACCGAUUCGUCGUAAGAGUAGUCCUGAAGCUUCCCCCACUACUGUUCCUUCUAAACACCAAAUUGAAAAAGAACGCGAGAAAGAUCGUAAAGCGAAACGAGCUCAAAAACAUCAUAAUAAACGAGCGGCGGCUGCAGCAACAGCAGCAAACGUAACAGUUGCUCCUCAACCACUAGGUCUUGGUAUUGGACCAGCUGGAGAUAAUCCGCUCAUAGUAUCACCGCAAAAAGACAAUGAAAACAACUCAAAUUCCCAAUCAUCAUCAACGUCCUCUGAACAAUCGGAUGCCGAUGUAGAAGAUAAUCUCAUUGACGAUAUGCCGAAAUACGUGCAAUAUGUAAAUAGGAAUAUUCCGCCGCUUAAUUGUGAUCCGAAUGGGAACAAUCAAGCACUGAGCCCCGUGGACCCGGAGAAGCGAGAUGAUUCACCUGAAAAUCUGAACAAAGAUUCAAAUGAUGACGAGAAUGAUUCAGGCAUAGCAACAAGUCCAGCAAACACGGUCACCUUCAGCGAUCAACCUGUUCGGGGAGGAGGUUUCUCAACCAAUGGCAUCGAUAUGAAGACACCGUCGACUAAUCUGGUAUUGGAAUUAGGAAUAAGCGAACGCGGCGGAGCAAAUUUGAUGAAACAACGCACUCUUUCGUCAGAAAAUGAAGGAGAAUUAGCAUCGGGUUAUGCUCCGCCUACCUAUCAAUUAGAACAAAUGUCUCUGAAAGACAGAGAAAACUUCCUGGCUGCCAAAAACAAGAUGCGAGCGAAACGAAUUCGAACGCAAAGCCACUCUGACUGGAGUACAACAAUUGCACCCCGCUAUCAAUGCGAAGAUGGUGAAUGUUCGGUACAAUCGUGCCUGAAUAACUUCACAGCGGUUGAAUUAAUGACUGGCAACAAUAAGGUAGGCUGUGAUGGUUGUACGAAGCGUAUUAAUGGUGAAAAGGGAAAAACUAUCUACACAAAUGCUACGAAACAAUUCCUGAUAUCUAGUCCGCCCGCUGUGCUGAUACUACAUUUGAAAAGGUUCCAGGUGGGACCGCGUGGCUUCCGAAAAUUGACUCGUGCUGUAACGUUCCCUAUGGUCCUGGACAUUGCCCCUUUUUGCGGAUCAAAAGUUAAGAACCUCCCGAACAUUGAUCGAAAGCAGAAGAAAUUACUCUAUGCCCUCUACGGUAUCGUGGAGCACUCCGGAGGAAUGUAUGGUGGACACUAUACGGCCUUUGUGAAAGUCCGUUCGAAAUUCCCACUGACGGAUCCGCGCUGGAGAUUCUUGCCUCAAGGCAGCAAAGCCGAAUUGGAUCAAACUGACGAACAAAAAGCAACACUCGAUAACUUAUUGGAAAAAGAGAAAGCCCGGGAACUUCGAAUGAAGGAGAACGACAGCGACGAUUACUCAUCGAGUUCUGAAUCGUCUGACGUAGAAGCUAAUCAAGAGGCUGAAGGAGCUGUGGGCGGGUCUGAUGAGCCGGAGGUAACCGCCCCUCCGGGUAAAUGGUACUAUGUGUCAGACAGUCAUGUAAAGGAGGUGACCGAAGAUUGUGUCCUGAAAGCGCAGGCAUAUUUACUAUUUUACGAACGAAUCUACUGAAAUUUGGAAGGAAGAAAUAAUUCGUCAGAAAGCCAGUCACUCGAGGUGUUGCCCCCCCUGUGUGUUUUACUCCAUCAAUUCGGCGAUUUAUUUUAGUUUUUUUCAGCAGUUGAUAGACGAAGACGAGCCGUCACUUCUUUUCUGUUUAAUUAUUUAAGCUAAACAUUUUAGGACGUAAAUGUAGCAAAACAUUGCAAGGAAGCAAAUUACUAUGAAUGCAGAGUAUGUUUGCGUAGGACGAUCAUCAUCAUUGAAGGCGACCAUUCGCCCAUUUUUCCCCAAACAUACACCAAUAGUUACAUUAAACUACGGAGGUAUGACUUCAUUGAACUCACUCCAUUUAAUUGAAUGAAACAAGCGAAGAACUAAUGCCAAGCAGAACAGCCGGAAACAUAAAUUUGUAGAUAUUGUAUUUUUUGCAGCAACAGCAAUAUUCCCCAUUUUUUUCUCCAUAGUAAAUUUCGAAUGCUUAUUUCAUAUUUUAACAAAGAAUUGGUCGCAUUAUUUCCAUCAUUCGUGAGUGCUUAGUUAAAUUAUUCUAAUUAUAUAUAUUCAUUCGGAAAUCGGAAAUAUUCGAGAUAAUUUGCAUUAUGAGAAACGAAGGAAAAGAAAGAGGAAGCAUUCUCUUAGAGUUGAUUAUACUUUAUGAUAAAUACGAAAUGAAAAAAUUUUAAAAAAAUAUAUGUGAAAAUAUAA